AUGGGAAACGUUAGAACAGUAAAACUUCUCUACAGCGUAGUCUGCGCUGUUUUCAUAUCCACCAAACAAGCUACGCUGCUGACACGGCAAUCAGAACCCAAUCACGAUGACACACAGGUGACGCCAGGCAUUGUCGGAACCGGUCUGGCUCUCAUUAUUCAGGUUACCGGAGCCCCUGGGCUGGACAUCGGCGAUACAACAUUUCCCAUGUACACCAUGCUUGCGGCAACUCUCUUGCAGCUGACGCGGAUAAAGAUGCACGAGGAGCUGAUUGGGGCUGGGGCUCUCACUGAAUUUGAUGAGAGCAAGGGCAAAGCCAUGUUUGUGUCCCACCAGUGGGUCAGCGACACACAUCCAGUAAGCCUGCCGGUUGCUACCGAGAUCAUUCAUGGUCGUCUUCAGUGCCCUGUUGCGAGGGACUUCGACGUCCAAAGCCUACAUAUUUGGUGCGAGUUCUUCUUUGUGUUGUGCCCAGCGUUAAAACAUUUGGACAGUGGUCGCACUCUGAGCCAUGCAACGUGGGCUGAUCGCGGAUGGUGUAGAACAGAACGCGUGGCUCGCGAACUGGCUGCUCGCAAAGGUGGCUACAUGAUUGUGGUAGAAAGUCCGACGCUCCAGACACUGAUUUGGCAGGGGAACAGGCUACUUGAUGCUCCUGGAUCAGGCCAGUUCACGCGGGAUGCUGAUAGGGCCAUGAUUGGCCGAGUGCUUGUUCAGAUGGUGUGGACGAAGCUGUCUUAUUACCUCCGGCAGCAGGACCUGCACAACUAUCGGUUUCUGCUCAAUUCGCAGAAAGGAAGGUUCUUUCGUGACUUAGAUGUGGAGCCAGUUGAUGGUUUUUUGCCAGGUCUUGUUAGCAGAGCCGACCCAAUGGUGGAGCCGCAGCUUUUCAUUAUGGAAUGGUUUCUUCAUCAAAACGGCUUCACAAAAGUCACUGACAGGGAUGCCGGUGGAUGGUCUCCGCUGUGCUUCGCAGCGCUGGACGGGGAUCCUGUGGUGAUUCAAGCUCUCUUGGAGAACAGGGCUGAUGUAAAUGAUAUUAUCACCCAGGCGAAAAAUGAGUUCCAAAUUCCCAAGAAGGUUUCCGCUCUUGCAAUUGCUGCCUUCUACCGCAACAAUCAGGCCGUAGAGCUACUCAUAUCAGCACGGGCCAAUGUUAAUCAGAAAGCCCCUUUCGGCGGCGGUGCGCUGCACUUGGCGUGCGUUGGCGACAAUGCUCAUGCAGUGCGAAGGCUGUGCGUGGCCCGAGCAGAUCCUGGCCAACAGACUGUUUUGCUGCAGCUUACUCCCUUCCUGAUAGCCUGUGCCUGCGGCAAGCCGCUUGCAAUGCGAGAGCUGCUUGCCCUGGUCCCGAAUUUAAGUAUGCGACAUGGGCUUCACAUCGCCUUAAUGUUCAGCGGCGGAAGCUCUCCGGAUACCAUUUCUGUUCUUCUUGAAGCCAGGGCUGAUGCGAACGAACAGUUCAAGAUCAGCAUAAAGCAUUCUCGAUGGUGGCUGCUUCUCAACAGCAUGGCUUGCCUGCACCGGGUGAGCCCAUCACGGCUCACGUCCCUCGCCUAUCAUCACUAUGGGGCAACUCCAUUGAUGUUCAGCGUCUUGAGUGGCUACCUUGAGGCUACCACUGCAUUGUUGGCUGCAGGAGCGCGAGUGGACAUCAAAAACUAUCGUAACAAGACGGUGUCUGACCUAGCCUCGCAAAUACAGGCACCAACGUGGCUGCUGCAGACACUUUCUGCCACGGCGAAAUCGUCCAGCGAGAUAAAGGUGGGCAACCCACACGAGCACCGGCAGAAUAUGUUUGCCCAGCUUUUCCAACUCUCAAACACAGAGGGGAACAUCGGGUGCAUUCGCGACUCAGCGUCAGAUUCUGAGGGCUUGACCAAGGAGCCUCAAACACCAAGCCGAGCCUACCAUCCUAAAGGCGAUCCAACCUUCCCCAUGUACACCAUGCUUGCGGAGACUCUCUUGCAGCUGACACAGAUAAAGAUGCACGAGGAGUUGAUCCAAGCUGGGGCCCUCACCGUAUUUGAUGAGAGCAUGGGCAAGGCUAUGUUUGUGUCUCACCAGUGGCUCAGCGACUCACAUCCCGACCCAAAUUUUGAGCAACUCCGGGUCUUGCAGGAGACGUUGGUCAACGUUGCGGCCGGCACGAGCCGGGUUAGCGUGCCGCUUGUUACUGAGAUGUUGCGAGGUCGCCUUCCAUGUCCUGCUGCAAGUGAUUUCGACCUUACACGUCUUCACAUCUGGUAUGAUUACUUCUCCUGUCCGCAGUCGGCCGUGCCUCACGCAGAGAAUUGUCGUCAACAUGCCAUUCAAAGCAUUCCUGCUUAUGUGGCAAGAUGCGAAUUCUUUGUUAUACUGUGUCCAGCAUUGAAGCAUGUGGAGAAUGGCUGCACUAUGAGCCAAUCGACGUGGGGUGAACGCGGAUGGUGUAGAACAGAACGCGUGGCCCGCGAACUUGCCGCUCGCAAACGUGGUUACAUGAUUGUGAUACAAAGUCCGACGCUGCAGACCUUAAUCUGGGAAGGGAACAGAUUACUUGAUGCCCCUGGAUCAGGCCAAUUCACGAGGGAGGAUGAUAAGGCAAGGAUAGGUCGCAUGAUGGUUGAGAUGGUGUGGACGAAGCUGUCUUACUACCUCCAGCAGCAGGACUUGCACAACUACCGAUUUCUGUUGAAUUCGCAGAAGGCAAGGUUCUUCCGGGAUUUAGAUGUGGAACCAGUUGACGGUAUUCUACCAGGCUUUGGUGGAAGCGCCGAUCCAACUGUGGACGCAAAAGUCUUCAUGAUGGAGCGCUUUCUCCACCAGAAUGGAAAGGUCACUGACAGGGAUUCUGGGGGAUGGUCUCCGUUGUGCUUCGCAGCUCUUAGAGGAGAUCCCGUCGUGGUUCAAGCUCUCUUGGAGAGCAGGGCCGAUGUCAAUGAUGCUAUUACCAAACCCAAAAGGGAGUUCCAGUUUCCUAAGAAGGUUACUGCUGUUUCAAUUGCGGCCUUCUACCGCAACAAUGAGGCCUUAGAGGUACUCUUGUCGGCUGGAGCUAAUGUCAACAAGGCAGAUGGGUAUGGUGGAAAUGGGCUGCAUUCGGCAUGUGCCGGUGACAAUCCUCUCGCUGUGCAAAGGCUUUGUAUGGCCCGCGCAGAUCCGACUGCAAUCAACCUGCUGGGGCUCACCCCCUUCUUGGUUGCUUGUUGCUGCGGGAACCCGCUGGCUAUGCAAGAGAUGUUGGUGCAGAUUCCUAAUUUGAGCCUGCGUCAUGGACUGCACAUCGCCUUGAUGUUCAGUGGAGGAAGUUCUCCUAACACCAUUUCAGUUCUUCUUGAAGCCAGGGCUGACGCAAACGAACAGUUCAAGAUCCGCAUGAAGGAUUCUGGAUGGUGGCUCCUUCUGAACAUUAUGGGUUGCAGGCACCGAGUGAGCCCAUCACGGCUGACAUCCCUUGCCUACCAUCAUUAUGGGGCAACGCCAUUGAUGUUCAGUGUCUUGAGCGGCGACUUGGAGGCUACGACUGCGCUGCUGGCUGCGGGUGCUCAGGUGGACAUCAAAAACUAUCGCAACAAGACAGCCUGCAACCUAGCUCUUGAAAUGCAAGCGCCCGCGUGGCUCAUCCAGACACUCAAAACCAGUCGGCAGUCAUCCAUAGAUGUGCAAGAAGGUGAUGACGAUACUUUCUUCAUUUGA